AUGAAGGUGGUAUGGCCAGAACUAAAUGGAGUAAGUGGGAGUGUAGCAAAAAGAAUAAUAGAACAUGACAAUCCACAUGUUACUGUAAUUUUAAUCCCUGAAAAUGUUGCUGUGCCACUCAUCAAUUGCUGUAACCGUGUCCUUUUACGUGUUCCCGUCGGGACCUGUCCCGAUGGCCCUGUCCUUAACAGUCCUAAGGUGGGAUGA